CAAUGAAACAAGGCUUAGCAACAUGCCCUCUGGCCUAUUUGGGGUUUUCAGUCGCAAUUUUAUCCUCGGUGCAGGGAUUGUGUGGAUCUAUGUGACACUUCCAUAUUGAGGAUGUAGUGAAAGGAAAAGGGUGUUGAUGGAGAGCCAUUCGAAUGACAGCCGGGACAGUGGUCAUCACUGGUGGAAUUCUUGCUACGGUUAUAUUACUCCUUAUCAUCGCAGUACUGUGCUACUGCAGGCUGCAGUAUUAUUGCUGUAAGAAGGAAGAGUCGGAGUCGGAGGAGGAGGAGCCCGACUUUGCCGUUACGUCCCGCCUACCGCCAGUCCACUCCAAUCAUAACAUUGUGGCGGCGACGGCCGCCGCCUCCUCCAUCCCCAAUGGCCCUGCCCUGUUCUCCACCCCUCCGCUGGCCAGGAAACUGACUCGCUCACAGACCUUCUGUCCAUCCUGUACACACUAUGAGAUGCCUUUCUACCUCCAGCCCCCUCAGCCACAGAUCCACCACCAACCAGAUGGAUUGAGGAACGGAGGCGACCGGAUCAGCUACCGCAGCGUCCAGCAGCAGGAGCUGGACCUGCCAGUGCCUGUGAACAUUUCAAACUAUCGCAAACCGAACCUCGCCCGGUCUGUCACCAUGAGGGACAUGUUCGCACGCAGCUGCAGCAUCAGCACUGAUGUGUAG